AUGCCUCCUAGGUUAAGAAAACAUGAAUCAGGACAUGAAAAACGUCAAAAGAGAAAAAGACUCGAAGAACUCAUUAAGUCUCAGAGUGGAGCUCUAAAUAAGUUUAUUCAAAGAGAACCACAAGUUUUUUCUCGAGAUCAAAAUGUUGUUAAUGAUCAUGUUAAUGAUGUUGAUGUACAUGGCGAAGAUGUUGAUGAUGCUAAUAAUGCUAAUGUCGAUGAUGGCGAUAUUGAUGGUGAAGGUGCGGAUGAUGUUAAUAAUGACCAUGUUGAUGUUAAUCAUGUUGAUAUAUUUGAUCCGAGACGUUGGGAUGAUCUUAGUUCUGACAUGAUUAAGGUUCUAGUAUUAGAGGGUCCUAAAAGAGAUAUGAAAGGGCUUGCAAAAGGUCAGUUAGCUAAUGACGGUUUUGCAGAUUGGCAACAUCUUAGCACCAGACUUAAAGAGCAUGAAGUUGGCCUAGAACAUGUCACAAACAUGGCUACUUGGCUUGAUAUGCGUCAGAGAUUAAAAAAGAAUGAAACAAUUGAUAAAGUGGCACAAGAACAAUUUGAAAAAGAGAGAGAUCAUUGGAAGAAAGUUCUUCAGAGAAUUAUUUCAAUUGUAAAGUUCCUUGCUAAACAUAAUUUAGCUUUCCGUAUAUCGAACGAGACGUUGUAUCAAAAGAGCAACGGGAACUUUUUGGGUUUAAUUGAAAUGUUGGAAGAGUUUGACCCAUUUAUUAAAGAGCACGGACUUUUUGAUACAACACAAGAUGAAUUGAAGUCACUUGGUCUUGAUAUUGAUGAUAUGCGUGGUCAAGGCUAUGACAAUGGAUCGAAUAUGAAAGGACUGACACUUAAGUCAUUGUCAACCACACGUUGGGAAAGUCGUGUUGAUAGUGUCAAAGCUAUUAGAUUUCAGAUUGUGGAAGUAAGAGAAGCUUUACUUCAAGUUACAGAGAACGACAAUGAUUCCAAAAUAAAAAGUGAAGCUAAAUCUUUAGCAACAAAUGAGCUUGGCGAUUUUGAGUUUUUAGUUUCGAUUGUCAUUUGGUUCGAUAUAUUAUACACCGUAAAUUUAGUGAGCAAAAACUUACAAUCCAAAGAUAUGCUUAUUGAUGUUGCUAUUAAAGAAGUGAAAGGUUUGAUCUUCUUCUUUGAGGAGUUUAGAAACACGGAGUUCUCGAAAGCUGUCGAUAUUGCUAAGCAAAUUGCAACUGAAAUGGAUGUUGAUCCUAUCUUCCCUCAAAGACGUGCAAUUGCUUCUCUUACAACAAGUCAUCUUGAAGAUGCACUCAAGAAAAACGGACGAUCAGAUAUUGAUGCAAAUGAACUCUAUGUGGAGCUAAGAUUACUUAACAAUUUCUUGCCAGCUGAAAAUAUGAGAUCUACUGAUGUUUUAAAAUUUAUGAAAAAGGUCGAUUGUUUUCCUAAUGCACUAAUUGCAUUUAGAGUACUAUUGACUAUUCCAGUAACGGUGGCAUCUGCAGAAAGAAGUUUUUCAAAAAUGAAGUUAUUGAAGUCUUACUUGCGGUCCACAAUGUCACAAGAGAGACUUAAUGGAUUGGCAUUGAUAGCUAUUGAAAACGAUCUAUUGGAGAGUCUUGAUUAUAAAGAGCUAGUCAAUAACUUUGCUUCCAAAAAUGCUAGGAGAACGAAUUUAUUUAGAGAAUAG